UGAUCCAGUUCAAGGAGAGGUCUUCCCCGGCCCCCUUCUCCCCAUCUCGCCUCAUAGCGUCAGCCCAAGAAUAACACGACAGAAGAAAUACUGUCACCUAUGCAAGUAAUGAUCCUGCAGAUGAUUUCGAAACAUGGAAAAAUGUUUAUUACGUGAGUGAAUAAACAAAACAACACACUGAAGGCCAAGUAUUGUGAACGCCAUGAUAGAAACUAUAUAAAAAUUGCAAAUGCGUAUGGACAAAGCUUGCAAGGUAAACAGACCUCGCUGAGUGAAGGCAAAGACCCUCUCCAGCCCACCUGCCUUUCCCGCUGUUACGGCGUCGACCCGUCCUGUAGAAGGGGGUCCUGCAACUCUUGUGGUGUGUGUUGGAAUGGACUUCGGACCCCGGCUUCUUGGGAUGCAAAGGAUGAAGUGACGCCCCCACUGCGAGAGAGGAGCCUCUAGGACCCGCUACAAGAGUUUGGGACCAAAGAGAGGAGAAUGGAUCUUGGUACAGCUGAAGGCACCCGGUGCCCCGACCCGCCUGCAGGCAAGCCCGCGAUGGCGGCCAAACGCAAAGGCGGCCUGAAGCUCAACGCCAUCUGCGCCAAGCUGAGCCGCCAGGUGGUGGUGGAGAAGGGAGCGGAGGCCGGCGCCCACGCCGAGGGCAGCCCACUGCGGCCCCGGGACAAAGAGCGCAGUGGCCCUGAGUCGGGGGUGGCCCGGGCCCCCCGCAGCGAAGAGGACAAGAGGCGGGCGGUGAUCGAGAAGUGGGUGAACGGGGAGUACAGCGAGGAGCCGACACCCCCGCCCGUGCUGGGGCGGAUCGCCCGGGAGGGUCUGGAGCUGCCACCCGAGGGUGUCUACAUGGUGCAGCCCCAGGGCUGCAGCGACGAGGAAGACCACGGCGACGAGCCCCCCAAGGAUGGCAGCGUCGUCGAGGAGAAGGACUCGGACGGGGCAGCCUCCAAGGCUGAUAGUGGCCCCAGUGCCAAGCAGGCUUCAGGCGAGGCCUCCUCGCUGCGGGACUACGCGGCCUCCACCAUGACCGAGUUCCUUGGCAUGUUUGGCUAUGACGACCAGAACACGAGGGACGAGCUGGCCAGGAAGAUCAGCUUCGAGAAGCUGCACGCGGGCUCCACAGCCGAGGCGGCCACCUCCUCCGUGCUGCCCGCCUCCGAGGACGCCCUCAGCAAGCGGGCGCGGUUCUCCAAGUAUGAGGAGUACAUCCGCAAGCUCAAGGCCGGCGAGCAGCUGUCCUGGCCGGCCCACGGCACCACAGCCGAGGGGCGGGCCGGCAAAGAGGCCCUGGGCUCACUGCCUGGCCUGCGGCUGCCCAGUAGCACCACGCACCUGGAGACCAAGGCCACCAUCCUGCCCCUGCCCUCACACAGCAGUGUCCCCAUGCAGGGCCUGGUGGCCCGUGCCUCCAAGUACGACUUCUUCAUCCAGAAACUGAAGACGGGUGAGAACCUGCGGCCCCAGAACGGGAGCGCCUACAAGAAGCCGUCUAAGUACGACCUGGAGAACGUCAAGUACCUGCACCUCUUCAAACCCGGGGAGGGCAGCCCCGACAUGGGAGGGGCCAUCGCCUUCAAGACGGGCAAGGUGGGGCGCCCCUCCAAGUACGACGUCCGGGCCAUCCAGAAGCCGGGCCCCGCCAAGGUUCCGCCCACCCCCAGCCUGGCUCCUGCACCCCUCGCCAGCGUGCCCACCGCUCCCAGUGCCCCCGGGCCAGGCCCUGAGCCACCUGCCUCCCUGCCUUUCAACACUCCCGAGUACCUGAAGUCAACCUUCUCCAAAACAGACUCCAUCACCACGGGGACCGUCUCCACUGUCAAGAACGGAUUGCCCACAGAUAAACCAGCUGUCACUGAAGAUGUAAACAUUUACCAGAAAUAUAUUGCCAGGUUCUCAGGCAGUCAGCACUGUGGCCACAUCCACUGCGCCUACCAGUACCGCGAACACUACCACUGCCUCGACCCCGAGUGCAACUACCAGAGGUUCACGAGCAAGCAGGACGUGAUCCGGCACUACAACAUGCACAAGAAGCGGGACAAUUCCCUGCAGCACGGCUUCAUGCGCUUCAGCCCGCUGGACGACUGCAGCGUCUACUACCACGGCUGCCACCUCAACGGGAAGAGCACCCACUACCACUGCAUGCAGGUGGGCUGUAACAAGGUGUACACGAGCACGUCGGACGUGAUGACCCACGAGAACUUCCAUAAGAAGAACACCCAGCUCAUCAACGACGGCUUCCAGCGCUUCCGAGCCACCGAGGACUGCGGCACGGCCGACUGCCAGUUCUACGGGCAGAAGACCACGCACUUCCACUGCAGGCGCCCCGGCUGCACAUUCACCUUUAAGAACAAGUGUGACAUCGAGAAGCACAAGAGCUACCACAUCAAGGACGACGCCUACGCCAAGGAUGGCUUCAAGAAGUUCUACAAGUACGAGGAGUGCAAGUACGAGGGCUGUGUGUACAGCAAGGCCACCAACCACUUCCACUGCAUCCGCGCCGGCUGCGGCUUCACCUUCACCUCCACCAGCCAGAUGACCUCCCACAAGCGCAAGCACGAGCGCCGGCACAUCCGCGCCUCGGGCUCGGGCAUGCUGGGGCUGCCGCCCUCGCUGCUGGGCGCCAAGGACACGGAGCACGAGGAGUCCAGCAACGACGACCUGGUUGACUUCUCUGCCCUGAGCAGCAAGAACUCCAGCCUCAGCGCCUCCCCCACCAGCCAGCAGUCCUCCGCCUCCCUGGUCACCGCCACUGCCACCUCCGAGGCUGGGCCCAGUGCCACCAAGCCUCCCAACAGCAAGAUCUCGGGGCUGCUGGCCCAGGGCCUGCCUGGAUCCAUCCCCCUGGCGCUGGCCCUCUCCAACUCGGGCCUGCCCAGCGCCGCGCCCUACUUCCCCAUCCUUCCGGGCCGGGGCAACACCUCCCUGCCUGUGGGUGCCCCCGGCCUCAUGGGUACCAUGUCAUCAGGGACAGCAGCCUCAGUAACCCCCGACACGCCCGCCCUGGCUGCCUCGGGAGCUGGCGACUCGGCCGCAGCGGCAGCUGCCUCUGUCCCGGUGCCCCCUGCCUCCAUCAUGGAGAGGAUCUCUGCGAGCAAGGGCCUCAUCUCGCCCAUGAUGGCCAGGCUGGCUGCGGCCGCCCUCAAGCCCUCUGCCACCUUUGACCCAGGAAAUGGGCAGCAGGCCACCCCUGCCAGGUUCCCCCCAGCCCCGGUGAAGCAGGAGCCCGGUGAGAGUGCUGGCGCCCCAGGUCCCCACGAGGCCUCCCAGGACCGCAGUUUAGACCUGACUCUGAAGGAGCCCAGUAAUGAAUCAAAUGGCCACGCAGUCCCGGCAAAUUCAUCUCUUUUAUCCUCGCUUAUGAAUAAGAUGUCUCAGGGCAAUCCCAACCUCGGCAGCCUGUUGAACAUCAAGACAGAAGCGGAGGGGAGCCCCGCCGGGGAGUCCUCGCCCUUCCUGGGCAAGGCCGUGAAGGCGCUGGUUCAGGAGAAGCUGUCAGAGCCCUGGAAGGUCUACCUUCGCAGGUUUGGCACCAAGGACUUCUGCGACGCCCAGUGUGACUUCCUCCACAAGGCCCACUUCCACUGCGUGGUGGAGGAGUGCGGCGCGCUUUUCAGCACCCUGGACGGGGCCAUCAAGCACGCCAACUUCCACUUCCGGACAGAGGGAGGAGCAGUGAAAGGAAAUGCGGAGGCUUCCUUCCCGGCCUCGGCUGCUGAGACCAAACCUUCCUUGGCCCCCUCAUCCCCUCCAGCGCCUCCCAUCACCACGGCCACGGCUUCCUCUCUCGAGGGGCCCACUCCCAGCCUGGCCGCCGUGCCCUCCAGCCCCACCCUGCUCGCCUGGAAGCAGCUGGCUUCCACCAUACCCCAGAUGCCUCAGAUUCCAGCGCCAGUGCCUCACCUGCCCACUUCGCCCUUGGCAACGACUUCUCUAGAAAACGCCAAGCCCCAGGUCAAACCCGGAUUCCUCCAGUUCCAGGAGAACGAUCCUUGCCUCGCAACGGACUGCAAGUAUGCCAACAAGUUCCACUUCCACUGUCUCUUUGGGAACUGCAAGUACGUCUGCAAAACCUCCGGCAAGGCCGAGUCCCACUGCCUGGACCACAUCAAUCCCAACAACAACCUGGUGAACGUGCGAGACCAGUUUGCGUACUACUCCCUGCAGUGCCUCUGUCCCAACCAGCACUGCGAGUUCCGGAUGCGCGGGCACUACCACUGUCUCAGGACCGGCUGCUACUUUGUGACCAACAUCACCACCAAGCUGCCGUGGCACAUAAAGAAGCAUGAGAAAGCUGAGCGGCGGGCAGCCAACGGAUUCAAGUACUUCACCAAGCGUGAGGAGUGCGGCAGGCUAGGCUGCAAGUACAACCAGGUGAACAGCCACUUCCACUGCAUCCGGGAGGGCUGCCAGUUCUCCUUCCUCCUCAAGCACCAGAUGACCUCCCACGCCCGGAAGCACAUGAGGAGGAUGCUGGGGAAGAACUUCGAUCGCGUGCCCUCCUCCCAGGGCCCCCCGAGCUUGAUGGACACCGAGACGGACGAGUACAUGGAUUACACUGGCUGCAGCCCGGGCGCCAUGUCCUCUGAGUCCUCCACCAUGGACCGAAGCUGCUCCAGCACCCCUGUGGGCAACGAGAGCACCGCAGCAGGCUGCCCGGCUCCUCCUCCUCCUCCUCCUCCUGCCGCCGCUGGUGACGAGGCUGCCCGCGUGGCUCCGCAGCCCCCACCGCCCCCAUCCUUCUCUCCGGCCGCGCUCCGGGCGCCCCUCCCCGCCCUCCCAUGCCUCUUUUCUCCACCCUGUCUCUCAUACUCUCUGCUCAGUGCUACUCUCGGAGCCACCCGGGGCCUGGCCCACCCCAUCAGCAGCCCGCCCAGCUUCCCGCCCGUCACUGCCACUCCAACUCCAGUAAAAAGUGACGCCCCCCUAGUUCAGGACGCCGCAGGGAACACCAUCUCCAUGCCGACAGCCUCCGGGGCCAAAAAGCGCUUCUGGAUCAUUGAGGACAUGUCGCCGUUUGGCAAGCGCCGCAAGACGGCCUCCUCGCGCAAGAUGCUGGACGAGGGCAUGAUGCUGGAGGGCUUCCGGCGCUUCGACCUCUACGAGGACUGCAAGGACGCGGCCUGCCAGUUCUCGCUCAAGGUCACCCACUACCACUGCACGCGCGAGAACUGCGGCUACAAGUUCUGCGGGCGCACGCACAUGUACAAGCACGCGCAGCACCACGACCGCGUGGACAACCUCGUGCUGGACGACUUCAAGCGCUUCAAGGCCUCGCUCAGCUGCCACUUCGCCGACUGCCCUUUCUCGGGCACCAGCACGCACUUCCACUGCCUGCGCUGCCGCUUCCGCUGCACCGACAGCACCAAGGUCACGGCGCACCGCAAGCACCACGGCAAGCAGGACGUGAUCAGCGCGGCGGGCUUCUGCCAGUUCAGCUCGAGCGCCGACUGCGCCGUGCCCGACUGCAAGUACAAGCUCAAGUGCUCGCACUUCCACUGCACCUACCCCGGCUGCCGCCACACGGUCGUGGGCAUGUCGCAGAUGGACUCGCACAAGCGCAAGCACGAGAAGCAGGAGCGCGGCGAGCCGCCCGCCGCCGCCUCCCCCGGCGCCGAGGGCCCCGCGCCCGGCCCGGCCGCCAGCCUGGACGGCGCGCCCCCGCCCGGCGCCGAGCCCGCCGCGGCCCUGCUCUUCCUGCCCGGCCCGGGGCGGGGGCCGGACGACGCGGGCGACCCCCGCCCGCCCGACGCCCCCGGGCCCCGCGCCGGCCCCGCCGCGCCCGGCCCCGCGGCCGGCGAGUCGUCGCAGGAGGACGACGAGGAGGAGCUGGAGCUGAACGAGGAGGAGGCGGACGACGACGAGGACGACGACGACGAGGACGACGAGGACGACGACGAGGACGACGACGACGACGAGGACCUGCGCACCGACUCGGAGGAGUCGCUCUCCGAGUCGGCGGCGGCGGGGCCGGGGGCGCGGAGCCUGGAGCUGGCGGCCCUCGGCGCCCCCGCGCCCCCCGGCCCCGCGCCUGCCGCCGCCGCCUCCCCGUAG